AUGGUCGAUGCCAAAGCCAAUGUGGUAGAAGAAGAGGUUGAGCACACGGUCGAGGAAGAAGCUAAAGAGCCAUUGGAAAAUCUCGAAGGUUCGGCGGCCGAGGACAAAGAGCUCUAUGGGGAUGAUGAGGAGUAUGCUGAUGACGAGUACUUAGAGGAUUUGUCGGAGGAAGCUAUGGAACACUUAGAGAAAGAACGCAAUGAAGAGAUGGCCAAGUUUGAGAAUGAACUAAAAGUGGGCAAGGUCAAAGUGAAGUUUGGAGACUUUGACGAGGUAAAUGCCAUGGUUGUUACACUCCCACUAUUUUUUGAAGCUCGGCCGGAUCAACCUAAUUAUAUGGACGGAGAUGUGUUUGAUGAGGUUGAGUCCAUGGUCGAAUUGGAAAGGGCCAAAGAAAUUGAGGUGGCUCAAGAAAUUCCAAAGGAGGGGAAUGCCCAACCUUGCAUCGUGGCGCCCAAAAUGGAGGAAAAGUUGCCCGAGAAGGUGUGCUAUGAGAUGCCCACCAAGAAAAUGUCCUCCCACCUUAAGCCCUUGUAUGUGGGAGCUCAUUUCGAUGGAGUUCCGGAGAGCAAAGUCCUUGUAGAUAUUGGGGCUACGGUCAACAUCCUACCCACCUCAAUCAUGAGGAAAUUAAAGAAAGGCUUAGAUGAAUUAAUUCCUACCGAGACAACGGUCAGUGAGUUCAUGGGAGACACCGUGACUUCAAAGGGGAUUAUCCCACUCCAAGUUAGAGUAUGGCAAAAGGAUGGAAGUGUAGAGAUUGUUCAUGCCGAUGCACGGCCCUGCAUGGCCUCCGCUGAUGCAGUGGAGGCAAAGUUUUAUGAGGAUGACAUUGGGCCUCUUUAUUUUAUAGGGCCAGAUAGGAAUGGUCGACCUAUGGGAGUCUCGGCCCAAAAGUUGAUAUAUUUGGGGCACAUGAUGCCCAAGUAG